AUAAGUAUAGAUCAGCUUUGCCACAGUCCCCUUAUUGCUCGAAAUAUACCAAGUGUAGUUAAAAAAUAAAGUUACUUUUGUGAUAUCAUUCCACUACGGUGUCUCAUUCAAGAGAAGAACUAUACGUGGCCUGCUGAUUAGCGUUCAGGCCAACAAUUGUUAAUUUGGGAUAAAGAAUUCCCAUCAACCAACAACGGUGAACCUCGACCUGCCCCAACAUAUUUUCUGGUGCCGUGACCAGGAUUGAGGUCUGCACCGUUCCGAUCCAGCCCAUUCGUCGGUCGAAGUUGUGUGCUAGCAGCUUCACCAAAUAUCCCUCCCGAAUACCGUUCCCACGCCGACACCGGCGUCAGUGUGAUUUUUCGACCUGUACUACGCCAUAGGCCUUUACGACGCCAUCGUUCGUGCGACGCCUUUGUGCUACGAGAUUGGCGCCAUUGCAUAUUUCACGAACUUCGCUUGGAUUUGCCACUCACGUGGAUUGCCUGUGUAUGCUGAAUUGUUUCAUCGAUUAAUUGAUUAUACAAGGCCUAAUUUAACUGGUCUUAGGUAAAGUACCUGUCCAAUCAUCGUAAGCGCAUCUGUAGGUGCUUUUAGAUAUUUUUCCUUUCCCGUUGCAUGCAUUAAUUGCUCGGCCGUUGCUGAGACUUUGACCCGCCGAAGACGAUCACAUCCCAUACUACCGCAAUUGAGCACUUUGAUAUCAGUUUCAAAGCUAAUAGAAGAAGACAUCAAUUGAAUUUCAUUAUUUUGCUGGCCGCAAUCCUACCCACACGUUACACGGUGGCGGCUGAUAUACAGUAUUAGAUUUGAGCCACGCUAGGCUUCAAUUGUCGCAGUUGUCACUGAUAUAUAUAUAAAUUCAAGGCACGAAAAGCCUUGUGAAAGGUAAUUCUCGAUCUGCACGAUGAGUCAAGCUGAUAUUGGCGCCGAUGUUCUACGCAAAAAGGAGCAGCUCCAUACUAGAAGAACAACAAUGUUAGCACAGCUGGGACGAGCAGAACAAUUCAUCGUUAAAUACGAAGCUGGGCGGGAUGAGCUCGAGGUGCCACUUCGUUUGGAAAGUUUGAACGUGCUGAGGGCAUCGCUCGAAGAAACUCAACCUGCGCUCGAAGAUUUGGAAACUACCAACGAGGGUAAGGCUACCAAUUUACAAUUUCGUGCAUCAUAUGAGCCAAUGCUUUUUAGAAUUAAAGCAAACCUUACAUACAAACUGCCUCUUCCGAUUCAGCCUCCACCCAACCGCCCUUUAGAUAUCCCCUCUCGUACGUCGUUCACCUUGUCUAGUCUGAAGUUGCCAACUAUCUCGCUUCCUGAAUUCGACGGUGAUUAUAAGCAAUGGUUAACGUUUCAUGAUACGUUUUUAGCACUCAUUCAUGACAAUGAUGAGUUGCCAGUGAUCCAGAAAUUUCAUUACCUCCGUGCUGCUGUUAGAGGUGAAGCAGCACAGCUGAUUGAAGCUAUCUCAAUUAGUGCAGCGAACUAUCCCCUUGCUUGGGAGUCAUUGAUUAGUCGCUACUCCAACGAAUACUUGUUGAAGAAAAGACACCUCCAUUUAUUGGACAUUUCGCGAAUGAAAACCGAGAACGCAGUAGCUUUGCAUUCUACUUUGGAUGAAUUUCAACGUCACAUUAAAAUUCUGCAGCAGCUUGGUGAACCAACUGAUGCAUGGAGUACGCUGUUGGAGCACCUUCUAUGUACAAGGUUGCACAACGACACGAUCAAGGCUUGGGAAAGUCAUGCUGCUACUGUCGAGGAUCAGAGCUACAGUUGUUUAGUGGAUUUUUUGGAAAAGCGAAUUAGAGUACUGGAAUCGAUCUCUGUUAAUAACCAUGCCGCUCAAUCAACGUCUGCAGCGCAUAUGAACGGCUCCGUGUCACGUAAAUAUUUUCCUCCUAUUAAGAUGUCAUCCCAUUCUGCAACUGAAAAUGUUUCUCCUAAGUGCCAUGCCUGCGACAACCGACACCUGCUUGUAAAUUGUCCCCGUUUCAGUAACAUGCCGGUUGCUGAAAAACUGCGUUUAGUCAACUCGAAAAAGUUAUGUGUCAACUGCUUCCGCCGAGACCACUUUGCCAGAAACUGCACCUCAAACUAUACGUGCAGAGUGUGCAGAAAGCGACACCAUUCCCUAUUGCAUUCUGGAUUUUCCAAUAGUUAUGGACAAAAUAGCCAAGAAUCCGGUCCGGGUUCUUCUGCGAUGGCAAAUAUCCCUCAACCCAAUGAUUACCGCGAAUAUGAAUAGUGCUUCAGCUACCACCCCACCGACUGAUAAGCAGCACAGUAAUGUCACUCAAGAUCCAUCACCUACCGUUUUUCUGCUAACCGUGGUUCUGUGUGUCGUAGAUGCAUAUGGAAAGGAACAAUACGCCCGUGCUUUGCUAGAUAGCGGAUCACAACCCAAUUUGAUAUCCGACCGGUUAGUACAAAUGCUGCGCUUGAAGCGCAAACGUGCUAAUGUUUUAGUGCAAGGAAUUGGUGAGAAACCUGAGCACUCGACUGAAUCAGUAUCCACUGAAAUUCGCUCUCGAAAGGGUAAUUUUUCAAAGGAAGUGACCUUUACAAUCUUGAGAAGAAUGACUUCAAACCUUCCUGCAAAAACCAUUCCAGUGGAUGAUUGGAACAUUCCCAAUGAUAUUUUUCUAGCAGAUCCCAGCUUGAACCGCUCUGGCGGAAUUGAUAUAAUUUUGGGCUCGCAAUAUUUCUUUGAGUGCUUCCCUUCUGCAGCUCGUAUACAAUUACAGCAAACUCUCCCGGUUCUAGUCGACAGUGUAUUUGGGUGGAUAGUAGCUGGUGAAGCUCAUCUUCACGAAUCGAGCGGUUUUGCAGUUAACGGAAUCGAGCAUCGAUUCCGUUAACUGCAAAACGGUGACCGUCUCUUUGAACUCUCUAGAGGAGAGUAUGGAACGCUUUUGGCGAAUUGAAGAACUAUCCGCUGGGUCCUUACUGUCAACCGAAGAAAAAUUUUGUUAAGACUAUUUUCAAACUACCGUUACUCGAACCAAAAAUGGGAGGUAUGUUGUACGUUAUCCUAAACGCCCAGACUUUAACGAUAUGAUUAGUGAAUCUAGACUUACGGCACUACGCCGGUUCUCGCUACUCGAACGUAGAUUUUGCAACGAUCCGCAGCUGAAAGAAAAUUAUGAAAAGUUCAUGAAGGAAUAUCUCUCCCUGGGUCACAUGCGCCUUAUUUGAGAAAUUGGUACAGAAGCCCAAGAGUACUACCUCCCCCACCACCCUGUAAUCAAAGCAGCAAGUACCACUACGAAGACCCGCGUUGUAUUUGACGGAUCUUGCAAAACGUCAUCAGGAUAUGCAUUGAAUGAUGCUCUUUGUGUAGGACCAGUUAUACAGGAUGACUUGUUGACUUUGGUUAUCCGUUUUCGAAAGUAUCCGGUCGCUUUAAUCGCAGAUAUUGAGAAGAUGUACCGUCAGGUACUCAUUAACCCCGAUGAUAUGCCUCUCCAACGAAUUGUUUGGCGCUCUAGCGCUUCCGAACCGAUUUUGACGUACGAACUUGCAACGGUAACUUAUGGCUUGGGUCCAUCUUCAUUUCUGGCAACCCGAACGCUCUAGCAGCUCGCAGAAGACGAAGGACAAUCCUACCCUAUCGGCGAGGCAGCGCUGCGGAAAUCGUUCUACGUUGAUGAUUUUAUUGGUGGCGCAAAUUCUAUUUCUGAAGCAACGAGACUGCGUGAUGAACUGACUGAGCUGUUGUGGAAAGGAGGAUUUCCUAUUCGAAAGUGGACUUCGAACAGAUUAGAACUACUAGAGGGACUGAGCGCUGAUCAAGUUGGAACCCAGUCUGCCCAUAAAUUUGAUCCGGAAGAAGCUGUGAAAACGUUGGGAAUUUUGUAGGAACCUGCAGUAGAUCAAUUCCGGUUCGAUUGCCACGUGAACCAAGACAUUACCCGGGUGACAAAACGAUCCAUCCACUCUGCGAUAUCAAAAUUAUUUGAUCCGCUGGGGCUUGUAGCGCCAAUAGUUGUUCGCGGCAAAAUACUGAUGCAAGAGCUUUGGCUGACAGUGUGUUCGUGGGACGAUAUUGUACCAGAUGCAUUAAAGAUAAAAUGGGAAAAACUUUAUCGCCAGCUGCCUCGACUGUCAGAAUUUAGAAUCGAUAGAUACGCGUUCCAGCUGGAUUCCGAGGUACAACUUCACACCUUUGCUGAUGCGUCGGAAGCUGCAUAUGGGGCAUGCAUUUACGUACGUUCUACAGAUUCGACCGGUAAAAUAAGUGUCCAGCUAUUAGCCGCAAAAGCUCGUGUUGCGCCUCUAAAACACCUCUCGCUGCCUAAAUUGGAAUUGGCAGCAGCUGUCGUUGCUGCUCGUCUGUACCUUCGACCCGUAGAUGCCCUAGACUUCAAGACGUCUAGUUAAUUCUUUUGGUCCGACUCCACCGUAACCCUUCAAUGGCUUAAAUCGCCUCCAAGUAAUUGGAAAACGUUUGUCGCAAAUAGAGUGUCGGAAAUCCAGACGACGACUCAUGGGGGAAAAUGGAACCACAUAAUUGGGACACACAAUCCUGCCGAUCUUCUCUCCCGCGGUAUGCACGUAGAUGACUUUUUGCAGAGUAACCUCUGGAAGAAAGGGCCAGAAUGGCUCUCCCAUGCUGAAAGGGACUGGCUUGCCUUCAAAUACCUCGAAACACAGGAUGCAGAGACCGAGCGAAAAACAAUGCUUUCUGCAGUCGUUUGCAUAGUGCAGAAAUACAAGCCGCUCUUUGAGCGAUAUUCAAAUUUUAAUCGGUUAGUUCGUGUUGUAGCACAUGGUCUGAGAUUCGUCAAUAACAUCCGUUCAAAAACACGAACUUAUCCAAUGGUUGUCACUGGUCCGAAACCAAGCACCGAGCUUCGUGUGGAAAAUCUCUCCCAAGCGAAAACAUUGCUAGUUCAAUUAGCGCAGACUGAUUGUUUCCAAGAUGAAUUGCGAGACCUUCAACAUGGAAAACCAGUGAAAAGGCAAUCUUCACUUAGACUUUUGAACCCAUUUCUAGACGAUAAAGGUGUUUUGAGAGUGGGAGGGCGGCUUAGAUUUGCUUCAAUGUCAUAUGAAUCCAAACACCCAGCAUUACUUCCCAGUUUCUAUCCCUUAGCCAAGCUAAUAGCCAAAUCCAUUCACGAAAAAUUGGUACAUGGUGGCGGCAACGUUACACUCGCCGUCAUGCGCGAGGAAUAUUGGCCGGUGAACGGUCGUCGACGCAACUGCUUCAAAUGCGCCCGAGCAAAUCCCGCCCCAAUUCAUCAGCAGAUCGGUCAACUUCCUGCAGCCCGAAUAACACCAAGUAGACCAUUUACCGUAACUGGCGUAGACUAUGCCGGACCCAUUUACUUAAAGGCAAUUCACAAACGAGCCUCACCUACAAAGGCAUACAUUUGUUUGUUUGUGUGCUUUGCGGCAAAAGCAGUUCAUCUGGAACUCGUGGGUGAUCUUUCGACGCCAGCCUUCCUUACAGCUCUUCGCCGUUUCGUUGCACGUCGUGGCCGACCAGCGCAUCUGCACUCCGACAACGGGAAGAAUUUCAUUGGAGCUAAGAAUGAGCUCCACGAAUUGUACCAGAUGUUAUCCAACCCGAGAGAAGUCGAGAAAAUUAGUCAAGCUUGUGUCAGUGAAGAGAUCAUUUGGCACCUGAACCCGCCAAAAGCACCACCAUUUGGAGGGCUCUGGGAGGCAGCAGUAAAGGUUGCCAAAUCUCAACUGUAUCGACAGCUUGGUGGAUCCCGUUUGUCCUACGAGGAUAUGUCAACAGUUCUGGCCGAAAUCGAAGCUGCAAUGAAUUCGCGGCCAAUCGUUCCAAUGUCUGAAGACCCAAAUGACUGCACAGCACUUACACCUGGUCAUUUCCUGAUUGGAACAAGCAUGCAUGCCGUACCCGAUCCUGACUUAAGCAGGAUCCCGCUUACCCGUCUCGACCACUAUCAACGAUUGCAGCAGUUGUUUCAACAAUUUUGGCACCACUGGAGGACAGAGUAUCUCCAAGAGCUCCAACGGGAUACCUGCGGACACAGCCCAAAUACUGAGAUUCGACCUGGUAGAUUAGCAGUCAUAGUAGAUGACUUCCAGCAUCCUGUUCGUUGGCCUCUCGCCCGCAUCAUUGCAGUGCAUCCUGGAAAGGACAAUCUUGUACGCGUUGUCACACUGCGAACACCAAAGGGAGAGUUCACCAGACCCAUAACGAAGAUAUGUUUACUGCCGGAUGAGUCCACGGCACAGCUUCCAGGUAAUGAAAAUUAGCAUUAAGUUACCCAAUCUUGAUAGAAUUAAGUUAGAAAUAGUUUGAAAUUUGUAGAUUUCAAAGGUGGCGGCUAUGUUUGAUUUAGAUUAAUUAGUUUGUUCGAUCAUGUGAUCCGAACCCAUCAUCAUUGAAGUUAAUUCUCUCUCUCUCAAUUAUUAAUUGCUCGAUCGUGGCGUCGAUGCUAGAUCGUGAUCGUCGCCACCAGUUCAGUUGAUAAGCGACAUCCGAUAAGUAUAGAUCAGCUUUGCCACAGUCCCCUUAUUGCUCGAAAUAU